AUGAGUCUUCCAAAAAGACCACAAAAGCUUGCAUUAUUCCAACGCACACACGAUGGUUUCGUCUUUUCUAGUACACGAAAACGUAGUCGAUUCGACGCAACUCCAUUAAAGUUGACAGGAGAUGUCAAGGAGUUGGCUAUAGUUUCGCAACCGGGUUUGUUUGAAGUGCCCAAGUUGAGAACUCUUUGUUCUGAUUCUGAAAAUGACACAUAUAGGCAGAAUAAAGCUGACUAUUUAAUUGGAGUGCAACAACUUGAUUACGGGCCAUAUUCUUCAUUUGCACCUACUUUUGAUUCAGAAUAUGCGACUGUCACAUUUGAAGAGUCAAUGAUAUUACGCUCAAGUCAUAAGCGAAAGAGAAUAAAGACGCUUAAUGGCCAUCAGAACGAAAUCAAUCAGGAUAUAGUAUCGGACAACAAUAGUCUAACAAGCGACUCAAGUCCUUUGACUAGUCCUUUGACGAGUACUCCGACGCCGCCUGUAGUUUAUGAAGAUAGUCUUGAUGAAGCGAACACCGGUAACUUAAAGAACACUAAUUCAGAAUUAGAGGAGAUACUCAACGGCGGAGACAACGAGACUCUGCAGGAUGGGGGGACGGAUUUGGAAGCGAGUGAUAAUAACGAGACGAUACCUAACGGGGCUCACGCUACUGGUACGGAAGAUGCAGAGCAGGAAAAGAUGGAUCAGCAUGAAAUGGAAAAGAUAUUGGAAGAGAAUACUGAACUGCUAAAAAGCUUGCAGCGGAUGCAAGAUGAGAGGUUUUCUACAAAGAAUCCUGACAGGAUAUCAGAGGAAGAAAGAGAGCUGGCACUCCAAAUUCGUGAUCGUCUGUCAAAGCUAAUUUCUCAAGUACCUCCUUCAGCUCUGGUGUCAUUUGAGGACAUUGAGAAAGCAGCUCAGCGGAUUCCUUUACAUGACGUUACAUUUACUGGUACACUUCCAGCCCAUAAACUGUAUGCUUAUGGGACAAACAAUUCAUCUAGUGCAAGUAUAUCUCCCAUGGCGUGUGCAGUACCUGAUAGGUACGCAAAGGCGUCUGCGUAUUAUACAAACGGAAUGGUAUAUGCACCACCUGGAUAUUCUGUACAAAUGGCGAACCAUUAUCCAUCUUAUUAG